GACUGACUGAGGCUAUUAACUGAUCCGAUAUGCCAAUCAGCUAUUGUGCAGUUAAAGGUUGUGCUAACAACACUAGGAAGUUAAAAAAAUGGGCAAAAAUAUACUGUAUGAAACAUGUUUGCUUAAGAGAAAACAAACUUUGUGAAUGUUCACCUCCAUUUCACUUUUUCACAUUCCCUACAGAGAAGAAGAAUCCUGAAAGAAGAGCCAUAUGGAUAAAAUUAGUAAAUAGAAGGAACGUCGAUGGUACACGUUGGGUACCAGAUUAUUCUGCUAGAAUUUGUUCACAUCAUUUUGUGGAUGGUUAUCCUUCAGCGAACAAUCCAGAUCCCACUCUAAAACUUGGAUAUAGUUCUAGCCUUGUGCAAGUGCAUCAACCCAGAAAAGCACCAAAACGAAGGUUAUUAUUACAAAACACUGAAGCAGUUUCUUCAAAAAGAACACACAUAGAUUCAGUGGGAUCCAAACACAUGGCCUCAUCUUCAAAAUCAUCUGAAUCAGAAGUUCCCUUUAGGAAGGCAUCCAUUCAGCAUCCAAGUAUAAAGAUGACCACUUUAACACAUCGAGCUAAUAGCCUAUCACCAAAACCAAAGGAAACAUCAUCUCCUAGUUAUUGUUACAUAACAUUAAAAGAAGAUGGCAGACAAAGAGAUACCUGUGGUAUCAAGAUGAAGAAGGAAAGCACAAAGCAGCCUUUAGUGUAUUGCAUCCAGAACACAUUAUUCCAAAAUAUGUUAGCAGACAUGCAAAAGAGACAUCAAUUUUGUGACACAAUUUUCCUGCUUCAUGGAGGUGUUGAGCUGUUAGCACAUAAGGUGGUAGUUUGUGCAUAUAGCCCUGUCGUACAUAGAAUAUGCAGCAAUGACAAAACUCAACAAGUGAACAUUAAGAUUGAUCUCUGCAAGGCAAAAGUAAAAACUGAUGCAGUACGAAUGGCACUAGAUUUCAUGUAUGGGAGAAGUAUUGAAUUCACUGAAUCAGAUGCUGGCAAUUUGAAAAGAAUUGCAACUCUUUUGAAGAUCACAGUGUUGGAUGAAUAUGUGACUGAGGCUAUGCAAUCAAAGCAUACAGAGGAUGAGACCUACACAGGGGUAUAUAUAAAAGAGGAGCCACUGGAUUGGAAUGAAAGCUCUGGGCAAACUUCUGUGAAAACUGAACCAGAAGAUCAGUUUGAAAAACUUGUAUCAGAACUGGAAAACCAACAGUACAUGGAUCCUGAAGUUGACAUGUCAGAUACUAUAGAAGCUGAUGACAAGAUUGCUGAUGACAUUGAGACACCUUUAGACAAAGUUAAUGCUACUGAAUACAGACAAAGUCCCAGAAAGAACAUUGCUUUGAAGAGAAAAGUUCCUACAGCCACUCAACAGCCAUCAGCAAGUACUUCCACUUUAUGUGCACCACAAUCAACCACAAAAUUCAACAAAGAAAGCAUCACAUCUGGUCAGGCACCAGACUUUCACAGAGGCAAGAAAGUAAAAAAAGAUAUAAAUAUUUUUGAUGAAAGAUCAAAGAUACCAUCUCAUGUAGAAGGGAAAUGCGAUGGCAACAACCAAAGUCCAAAUAUAGGUGAGUCCAGAGUAGAUGUCAUCCGUUGUCUACAGAGUAAGGUCUAUAAAUGUAUAGUGGCCGACUGCAAGUGGAGGUUUUGGACAGAGAGCCCUGCAGAGUUACAAAUGCAUAACCUUAUAUAUCAUGCAAGCAUUGUUGAGGACAAACAAAAUGAAUCACAAUCACAAAGUGCAUUACAAUUGAUGCAAGGAAAUUCCAAGCAGAGUAUGCAAGGAGAUCCCA